GAUUCAAAGGUGGGAAUAUCUCCACGGUGACAUCCUGGUCUCCAUGUGAGCAGGUGCGUAGAACAUGGAUCCACAGUUCCUGGGAACUCGCUUGCCCUGGCUAUGAGCUCAGUCAAAGCAAAACGGACCGCUCACCUUGACAAACACAAACAACCACUGGACUCUUUUACUCUGGAUUUACAGCUAGAUAGAUCACUUUAGUAGUUAUAUACUUUGCAUUCCAUUCUUGAAUCUGAAUCUUUGAUCCAUAAUUGUUUUGGAAAGGAUUCAGAGAACAUCAUUUGAAUUUUCAAAAGACCACAAGGACUGGCUUGAACUGGUUGGAUCUGUUUUGGAAAUGAACAGUGCACAGACUUUAUCCUUUAACAGGACGGAGAUGGGAGAGAUUCCAGAAAACUUCCAAGAACAGGAGCUGAACCAUGAGAACACCACAGAAUGUUCUCCCAGUGGCUUCCCGGGGGUUCCUCAUGUGUGCGGACACGAGUCUGCAGCCCAGCGCUACACAGCAACACGCUUACUAGCAGGUUUUCCAGACAGUAUGGCAGACUAUCUGAUAAGUGGAGGAACGGGCUAUAUCCCUGAUGACGGACUGUCUGCCCAGCAGCUUUUUUCAGUUGGAGAUGGUCUCACCUACAAUGACUUCCUGAUCUUGCCUGGCUUCAUCGACUUCACCUCGGAUGAAGUGGACCUGACCUCAGCAUUGACCAAGAAGAUCACACUGAAGACCCCACUCAUCUCCUCUCCUAUGGAUACGGUUACCGAAUCCUCAAUGGCCAUUGCCAUGGCACUGAUGGGAGGAAUUGGCAUCAUUCAUCAUAACUGCACACCAGAGUUUCAGGCCAACGAGGUGCGCAAAGUGAAGAGGUUUGAACAGGGUUUCAUCACUGAUCCAGUGGUCCUGAGUCCUCGUCACACUGUAGCUGAUGUACUUGAAGCAAAAGUUCGACACGGAUUCUCUGGAAUCCCCAUAACGGAGACGGGCAAGAUGGGCAGCAAACUAGUCGGCAUCGUUACAUCACGGGACAUCGAUUUCCUGUCCGAGAAAGACAAUAACAAACCCCUUGAGGAGGCCAUGACUAAAAGAGAGGAUCUUGUAGUCGCUCCUGCUGGUGUCACACUAAAAGAGGCCAAUGAUAUCCUGCAACGCAGCAAAAAAGGUAAACUACCCAUUGUAAAUGACAAGGAUGAAUUGGUGGCCAUAAUAGCCCGCACAGACCUGAAGAAGAACAGGGACUAUCCUCUGGCCUCCAAAGACUCCCGCAAACAGCUGCUGUGUGGCGCUGCCAUCGGCACCCGUGAUGACGACAAAUACCGCCUGGACUUGCUCACGCAGUCUGGGGUGGAUGUGGUGGUUCUGGAUUCGUCACAAGGCAAUUCGGUAUACCAGAUAGAUAUGAUCCAUUACAUUAAGCAGAAGUACCCAGAUCUGCAGGUUGUGGGAGGAAAUGUGGUUACAGCUGCUCAGGCGAAGAACCUGACAGAUGCAGGGGUGGAUGCUUUGAGAGUGGGAAUGGGCUGUGGUUCUAUCUGCAUCACACAGGAAGUCAUGGCGUGUGGGCGGCCUCAGGGCACCUCCGUGUAUAAGGUGGCAGAGUACGCUCGGAGGUUUGGGGUGCCGGUCAUCGCAGACGGGGGCAUCCAGACGGUCGGCCAUGUGGUGAAGGCACUGUCUCUGGGGGCAUCGACAGUGAUGAUGGGAUCUCUGCUGGCCGCCACCACAGAAGCUCCGGGCGAGUAUUUCUUUUCCGAUGGGGUGCGACUGAAGAAAUACAGAGGCAUGGGCUCACUAGAUGCCAUGGAGAAAAACGCCAGCAGCCAGAAACGAUACUUCAGCGAGGGUGAUAAGGUGAAGGUGGCUCAGGGAGUGUCAGGUUCGGUGCAGGACAAAGGCUCCAUCCAUAAAUUUAUCCCAUACCUCAUAGCUGGAAUCCAACACGGCUGCCAAGACAUUGGUGCAAAAAGCCUCUCUGUGCUUCGGUCCAUGAUGUAUUCUGGAGAGCUGAAGUUCGAGAAGCGGACCGUGUCUGCUCAGGUGGAGGGUGGCGUUCAUGGACUUCACUCUUACGAGAAACGUCUCUACUAAUGGCGCAGCCAGAACACUGAAGAGAAGCAGCGACCAAACACUUCAGACAAAUCCUAGAACUCACCCCUCUCUGCCAGCACCCCGUUCUCCGCUCUUCACCGUUCCUCCGUCACGACCACCACAGUGAGAGAUGGAGAAAAGAAGUGUUAAAUGAGUUUGAGAACAGGACCACAAACUAAUUCAGUACCCCCAAAAAAACAUGGCGGUUUUGCACUCAAGGGAGCUUCAGGGUUAGCAAAAAGCUGCUCGUUUGUGUUUUUGCAUCUGCGUUUAUGAGCAGACUGGCAAAUGCAGGGUGGCAUUUGCAGCGAAUACUCUCAAAAAACCUGAUUCUGCAACCAUGUUGAUGUUUUCAAGUGUCUUUUUAGUUGGCAUCGGUGUCUAUAUCACCAUAUCCACCUGCAAAAUGAUGACUGCCUUCGAACCUAGUUCUCCAACUAUAAUCGAGGCAAUCUUUUCUGUAGUAGAUUUGUAACUACUGAAGAUGCGGCACGAUUAUAUUUGUUAUUUUAGAAGGCAGAGGCACAAAAUUGAUGUCAAUUUUAUAAUAGUUAAAUGUCUAUUGUAUUAUCGGUGGAAAAGGUUUCUCUACAUGCACUAUCCCGCGUACUAUAACUGUGGGUACGAUUCAUCCUGAAAAUAAUUAUACCAAAACCGAUAUCUGUAGAAAUACAUACUUGCUCUGAGAGUGAUGAUAAUGUGUCCAGGCUAUUUUUUUGACCCAAAAGCUGGAACUUAUACCGAAGGGUUUGAUGAUAAUCAAGGUCAAUUAUGGAUGACUUUUAAUGCAGCCUUUGAGGAAUUUUAACAAAGGACAGUAAUUAUGGGAUCUGUGUUCAUGCAGUUGUGACUCUGAGUGCUGUACAGGUAUGACGAGUUUUCAUUUGCAUGCUGCAGUUUUCUUUAAGUGAUGGUAUCGUUUAUAUUAUAUACAUAACUGCCAAGCGCAUUUUUUGUUAACUUUGACUAUUUAAUCUUUUAUGAAAGAGCUGUGAGUAUCCUGGUCUAUCUCCGGUCUUCUGCCCUACAGCUUUGCGUGUUGUGUUAACCUGUGACAUGCCUUGAAUUAGUUUAGUAAAUGAAGGACACAUUUGUCUUAACACAAAACAUGCCACUCAUUCCUGACAGAUCCUGUGGCUUCAUACAACUGCCAAAUGAAGCAUGACAACCAUAUGAAUUUAAAUGAGUGUUUCUGUAAUACAUUUUCCGUACUAUUUGUUUAUGCCAAUUUUUCUUUCUUUUUUUUCGUACAAAUCAUGCAUUCUUUAUCUUAGCAUUAAAUGUGUGCAAUUAUCCCAGCUGUACAAAAUACUCCAUGUAACGAUGUACAAAAGACAUACUUGUCAUUCUUUACAUCAGCUUGAUGUUGUUUGUGUUACUUUGCCCACAGUCACCGUCUCUGACAACUCAAGAGCCAAGUUUGUUUACCGCAGUGUACUCAACUGAGGCUGCAUAUCCUGUUCAGUAUUGAUGAAAAAAAGACAUAAAUAAAAAUACUUAUCAGUUA